AUGAUAACAUUUGGCAAUCCCAACGCGUCAAACGCGGAAGAAUCAGGGGAAGUUAGAAGUAUUUGCGAGAGUGUGUGCAGCGAUGGCUCUAACGCUACGGUGCAGGCCGGAUCGUCUAACCAGAGCCAGAGGCCCAAAAUGGACAUAGCAUGUGUCUUGGAUGUGACCCAAACAUUGAAUUUGGCUCACAGAAAAAGGGCAUUGGAGGAAGUAAGAUUGGCUUCUGAUCUCGUGAAUGCGAAUGUACAUCACAUUCACUUUGAAAAACUGGAUUUUGGAGAGACAAGUGUACUAGAUACAUUUUACAAUGCGGAUGUAGCCCUAGUGGAUCUUAGUGUACAGGUGCAACAGAGCUCCUUGUUAUACCAUCUUGGAGUUAGAGAGAGUUUUGAUAUGAAAGAAAAUGUACUCCUUUACAAUGAUGUUGAUCCUGAUUCUACAUUACGCAUAAAAAUAUCCCUGCCAAAUUUCCUGUUCGUCUCCUACAAAUUAACGGACGCAGGAACGUGCGUAACCACCAACCCGGCUGCGACCAAGUUCAAAGGGGAGGAGACGGCUGAUCCCAAACAGCAUCUCACUCUGCGGUUGAAGAACAUAUUGCAAGAUGUCGAAGUGCAGACGAAAGCGCAUCUACAAGAGAAAUUCCUGUCCGAUCUACGUAAGGCCCGCGAGACGUACAGCGGAGUGGAGCUAAGCAACUAUUUACACGCGAUGCGCAGGCGCCUAGACGAUCCCGGCGUACUAUCCGGCGAUACGAUCCUUAACCUGUUAAUAUCGUAUCGCGAGAUACAGGACUACGACGCGAUCGUACAUAUUGUUGAUGAUCUCAAGACUAUUAUGAAUAGGAAGAAUUAUGUGAAUAUGCCCAUUAUUAGGUUUAUGUAUGCGUUCGCUAUGAAUAGGAGAAACAAAGAGGGAGAUAGAGAGAACGCAUUGAAAGUAUGCGUGAAAGCGUUAGAAAAGAAGGAAAAUAGAUUUCCCGAUAUGCUGUGCCUGUGCGGGCGCAUAUACAAGGACAAAUUCGUCGAAUCUCAACACACAGAUAUGGAGAGCUUAAAGAAUGCAAUACAUUGGUACAGACAAGGUUUUGAAGUGCAGCCGAAUGAAUACGCGGGAAUAAAUUUGGCCACACUGUUAGUCAUCGCUGGGAAUGACUUCAAAGAUUCUCAGGAAUUACAACAUAUUGGUCGAGUAUUAAACCACUUAAUCGGAAAAAAGGGGAGUUUGUCUUCGCUCAAAGAGUAUUGGGACGUGGCGACAUUUUUCGAGAUAUCGGUUCUUGCGCAGGAUUACGUAAAAGCGAUACAGGCGGCUGAGUGUAUGUUCAAGUUGAAACCACCGAACUGGUACCUCAAAUCCACUAUUGGAAAUAUUGAACUUAUAGACAGAUUCAGAAAAAAGAAUGAAGACACUUCCCCGGAACAGCAAGUCUUCUCCUUCUGGAUGGAAUUCUUUGUCGAAGCGACUAAGAGCACAUGUGAAAAUAUUAUUCGAUUUCCCGUCGUGAUCUUGGAAACAACAAAGGAAUACAUGCCGUCCUACGUAAAUGUGAAUAUGGGAGCUGAAGAGAAGUCGGUGGAAAUACUGAAUCUGUGCCUCAAAUAUAUGCGGGGGGACUGCAGACAGGUUCAUAGGUGGCUCUUCACUUCGGAUAUGAUUAGGACUUACAGUUUAUACAAAAGGGACGAUAGAUGCCUCUUUCUCUACGUGAGUGAGAACUCCGACGAUUUUCAAAUAUUCCUACCAUCGCAUUUAUUCCGUCAACGCUUGUACGAUUUACUUGGAGAGUUAACAGCGGACCAUGAGAAACUAGCAGAUUUGGAUACAAGUGUUAUGCAGGAUCAGUUAAAGUUUGAAUACGAACUGGACGAUUGUAAUAAGCGCGUGGUGUUGGGUAAAGGGACGUACGGCGUUGUAUAUGCAGCGAGGGACCUGAAUACCCAAGUGCGAAUCGCCGUCAAGGAAAUACCGGAGAAGAACCUAGGCGACGUGCAACCGCUACACGAGGAAAUAUUGCUGCACUCGCAACUUAGACACAGGAAUAUCGUACAAUACUUGGGUUCAAUCUCAGAGGACAAUUACUUCAAGAUAUUCAUGGAGCAGGUACCCGGAGGAUCUUUGUCAGCUCUGCUUCGAUCGAAAUGGGGUCCGCUCAAAGAAAAUGAGGCGACCAUAGCGUACUAUACGAAACAGAUUCUAGAAGGUUUAAAAUACCUACACGACCAGAAAAUCGUACAUCGUGACAUAAAAGGCGACAACGUAUUGGUGAACACGUACAGUGGGGUAGUGAAAAUAUCCGACUUCGGGACAUCGAAGCGCUUAGCUGGUUUGUGUCCCUCAACUGAAACUUUCGCGGGAACAUUGCAAUAUAUGGCUCCUGAAGUCAUUGAUAAAGGACAACGGGGUUAUGGAGCACCGGCGGAUAUCUGGUCAUUGGGGUGCACUGUUGUCGAAAUGGCGACAGGCAACCCGCCGUUCAUGGAACUGGGAUCGCCGCAGGCUGCUUUAUUUAAGGUGGGUUACUAUAAAAUGCACCCAGAAAUACCAAGUGAGCUAUCUCAAAAGGCGAAGAAUUUCAUUCUACGCUGCUUUAUACCUGAUCCGGAGAAACGAGCCACCGCAGCUGAGUUGCUAGAAGAUCCCUUCCUUUGCGAAAAGAAAAAACCCAGCAGUCGUCUAGGCAAUAACGACUAUAGCCGAAGCAUUUCUGUGCCAGCGGACAAGGCGCGCCCGGCCAUGGCUCAGAAGAAAAUAUCGGAGCCAAGUUUACAAGGCAACUUGCCUAGCUCUCCUGAGAUAGAGGUUAAAACGGUCCGGUCUAACCCAACGAUCACUAGGACGGCCUCAUCCAUGCUGUCUCCGAUAUUGAUAUACCCGCCGGACUUAUCUAAUAGCAGCACGAUGCCAAACACUCCGUCUACAGAAGAAAUGGACAGCGGCGAUACUAUACUGAAUAGACGUAGCUCGUCUGGCGGGCUUUUAUCUCCUGAGGUUGACAUGACAAACGUGCCGAGGUCAUCUAUUGAUAUAGAGCACGACGGAUUUUAUUUACUCAAGAAAGAUUCGCAACGACGUCUAACUCUGUCGCGUGUGUUAGAGCAGGACAGCGAGAAGAUCUGCUCAAAAUGGAUGCUCAGCAUACAACAGGAUUUUGGAACUACCGUUUUGACAAUGAACCACUUAGAAACGCUGAGAUGCGCCCUCAAAGAGUACAUAACUGACCAGAACAGAUCUGUCAUCGAACAGGCAAUAACCACGUUAAAGGAGGACCUGGAUUUCGACUCGAAUGCGAUAAACGAGCUUCACUCAGCCAUAUACAUGUUCCAAGAAGCUGUCAACGUCGUCCUGAGGAUGCAUAGCAUAAAGCCACAUUGGAUGUUCGCUUUGGACAAUCUCGUGAGGAACGCUGUACAAGCGGCUAUCACUGUUUUGUCGCCGGAGCUGGGUGCUAACCUGGCCGGCCAAGAAGGCAGACGAGAGAGGGGCAGCAACGAGGGAGCUACUCCAUCGGCCCUCUCCACUGCCACUUCUACUCGCGACCAUCAGAUACAUCAAAUACACCAACUAAGACAUGAGAAUCAGAAAUUACAACAAGAGUUGCUAGAGAGCUACCAGCAGUACCAGGCGUUACUUCGCUGUAUGCUCGAAGAACAAAAGGCGCAGACGCAAAUCAUUCGGGAAUUCGUUGAGAAGAGGCCUCGAAUGCAAAGUGUACAUGAAGACGAAGAAAUGGACGUCGAACAAUACGAGAUGAUAAAGGAGUGGAUGACGUCACGAGGUGUGCCUGAUGAGGCGUGCAGAGCCCUCGCUCUUCAGGGCUUCUCCCUGACUGACGUACUACAGCACGCGCAGAGAGAGGACAUCGCAAAGCUAAAUCUGAGAGGUGGGAUCGAGUUACGCGUCUGGCGGGCAAUACUCGAGCACCGUUUGCAGACGAACAACAAUGUCCUGCGCCGGACCAGCAGCACCGAGACCGAUAUGGACACGAACUCGAUAGUCGUUGUCGAGUGCAACAAAUGCAAGACAGCCCGAACACUGUCGAACUCUUGUUCGAAUAACCCCACCAUAGUGAUAAGAGAUCAGGUAAACGGAGAAGCUGAGUAUUACACGGGCGGAGACAUUUGA